AUGAUCACAACCCUGAAGUCCCUCAAGUUCUUCGGGAUGGCACAAGCCAUUGAGGAACUGGCGUCCCAGAAUUCGCCCGCCUAUCUGAAUGCCCAAUCGAUCCUGGAUAGCCUGCUCAAGGCUGAAUUGGCAGAGCGCGAGGUCCGCUCCGUGAAUUACCAGAUGAAGAUUGCACGUUUCCCGGCUUACCGCGAUCUAUCGGGUUUCGACUUCACGCAGAGCGUCGUCAAUGAAGCUCUGGUGCGACAUCUGCAUCGCGGAGAAUUUAUCGAUGCGGCGCAUAACGUGGUGCUGAUCGGCGGCCCUGGAACCGGCAAGACGCAUCUGGCGACUGCGAUCAGUGUGCAGGCCAUUAUGCAUGCCCAUCAGCGUGUUCGCUUCUUCUCGACGGUCGAUCUCGUCAAUGCACUGGAGCAGGAGAAACAAGCUGGUAAGCAGGGGCAGAUUGCCAAUCGUCUGGUCCAUGCUGAUCUCGUCAUUCUCGAUGAGCUGGGCUAUCUGCCCUUCAGUCAGCACGGUGGGGCGUUGCUGUUCCAUCUGAUGAGCAAGCUCUACGAGAAGACCAGCUUGAUCAUCACCACCAAUCUAAGUUUCUCGGAGUGGGCCAGCAUCUUUGGCGACCCGAAGAUGACCACGGCCUUGCUCGACCGCCUGACCCAUCACUGCCAUAUCGUCGAAACCGGUAACGAGAGUUACCGCUUCCGGAACAGUUCAACCAAGCCCAGCAAGGAGGGAAAGACUAGAAAUACAUCAGCGAACUGA